AUGCUGCGGGUGGUUAAAGUCUUGUCCGUUUUUGUGGCGGUAAAUGCGAGAAAUGUAAGUAUUUUUAGUAAGUAGGACCAUUGAUUUUGGGCGUAUUUUAAAAUUACUUUUUACAGAUGAAUGAGACCACAACGAUGAGAAAUUCAUCUUGUGAGGGAUGCCCCAAGGCAACGGCAUUGUUUUAUUACAAGUGUUGUUCAAAAGACGAGUGUUGUUUGUAUCUACAGGUAAGUUAAAGACGCUGUGGAACUUAGGUUUACGUUUCUAUUGUAGUUGCAUCAUUCGGCCUUCACCCGGUUCUAUUCUUACCCUACAAAGUUUAAAGAAAGAUUCUAAACUAGGUACUUUGGAAUUCGUACUGUUUUUUAUGGGAGGUUUCGUUAUAGAAAGGUUUUGUUGAAUGGGAGUUUUGGGUAUUUUCAACUUUUUUCCAAAUUGUGGAAUUUUCCUCAAAUAAUUUUUUUUGGCGCAAGAUUUGUACAGGGUGUCCAGAGAAAUGUGCCGGAAAGUUUUUGUCGAUUUCUUGGCGCUCAAUAAAGAUAUCCGAAAAAUUCUUUUUGCAGGAUAAAGAAGAAUUUGGGCGGUUUUUUGUCCGAAAGAAUCAUUUUCUCCGCCAGCGCGGAAGGCAGUGUAUUCGGCGGAGACUUUUGAUCGCUUUUUUGAUCAUCGCACCAACUUUAAACGCUUUAUUAUGACGCUGAAACUUCCGGAAAGUCUUCAAAUUUUUGACGCAAUAAAUCACACAGACAGCGACAUCGCAAUGCGAUCCCAUAUAGCGACUGCACGGUGCAGCCUGUCGCUGCAACACCAAUAAAGUCCGAGUGCACCGUGCGGAGGUUUGAAACAGCAAGGCAAAAAGAAAUUUGAACAAAAAAUAUUUUGUUGUUUUCUGGUGCACCAAGUGGUUUUCCGAUGUCUUAGCUUCUGCCAAAGCUUGGUGACAAAAUUUUCGAAGGCAUACGAAGCCAGCAGGGCGUUCUAGCCAGGCCAUAAAAAUUGUGUUGGACCAUGUCUUGUCCGCAGCUGAGUUAUGGCCUCCGCCGAUUCGGCGAGCGUCCGCCAUACCUUCGCCGAACACUUGGUAAACAUGAAAAUAUGCAAAUAUCUUUGUUUCAACCAUCAAAGUUCAUAAAAAAGCGUUUAAAGUUGGUGCGAUGAUCAAAAAAGCGAUUAAAAGUCUCCGCCGAAUACACUGCCUUCCGCGCUGGCGGAGAAAAAGAUUCUUUUGCACAAAAAACCGCCCAUAUUCUUCUUUAUCCUGCAAAAGGAAUCUUUCGGAUAUCUUGAUUGAGCGCCAAGAAAUCGACAAAAAAUUUCCGGCACAUUUCUCUGGACACCCUGUAGUACACUACUGCAUAUUGGUGCCAAAUAUGACGCUUUUCUACUGAUAACCAAAAAAGUUACAGUAAUUAUGUCCAGCACUGUAUCCACUUGCAUUAUUAACGCUGAUUCGAUCAAAAAGUCAGGUUAACUUCAAUUUUAAAAUACGUUGUCUACUUGAACAAUUGUUUAUGACACUAUAAAGUUUGAUCAAUCUUGUAGCUUGUAAACAAUCUUUCCGCUUUCUUCUGAAAGCAUCUCCUUUCCAUAGAUCAUAUGUGCACAGACUAUUUUACCGGAGCAUAAAAUAGAGGGCGAAUUAAGGUGAUGACUGUUCAAUAGUGAUACCCAAAAAUUAUUAGGUUCACGGCCUCUUAUCUUUUACAGUGGGGGACCUGAUCCAGUGACAAAAAACGUACCACUUUGCAUCCAGGAAGCAUCAAAAAAUGUGGCAAAAUACCGCCAUUUCCAAGUGAAAAAACUCAGAUUUCAAAAGCGCGCCCGCUCUUUUUGUGAGGGAAAUGGCGCGCUUUUGAAAUCUGAGUUUUUUGACUUGGGUAGGGAAGCAUUUUGCCACAUUUUUUGAUAGUUCCCGGAUGCAAAAUGGUACGUUUUUUGCCCCUGGAGAUCAGGGCCCCCACCGUACAAUGUUAUUUUACCGAUGACUUUUUUAUGCCCCCUGACUUGUAAAACUUUCAGAGCUGGCUCCUAAUGAUCCUAAUGGGACUGAUGUCAUUCGCGGCCAUCUGUUCGCUCCUCCAUUUUAUCAAAUUUAUCCUCCAUUGCCGGAGGUCCUCAACAGUUUCUGACUAUUAA